CCUGCAGGGGGCGACUCGAGUCCAUUUUGUUCAAUCUCCUCUCGUCUCCUCUCCUCCCUGUUUUUCAGCGAUGAUGCAGACUGUACCCUCUUCAUCUCGGCUUAAACUGGAUGUCUCAAUCAUUCUUCAUCAGCUCUUCGCUGACGGGCUCUUCUCCAGAUUCACCUGAAUUAAACCGGAUAAGGACCUCAGAUGUUAUGAAGACCCAUGCUCCAAAUUAGACAUGACAUUCAACAUUCACAUUUCUGACAUACUGAAAAUAGGCUCCUGCUCUGCCAGUAGGACAGCUUGAUGGGCAGACAGACUUUUUGAUGCUUGACGAUGAUGAUGAUUUAUUUUAAGUGCUCUUGAGGCUGCCACAAACUCAGAGCUGAUUUCAUAAUGUGUGAGCGAGAAGAGCCCUUUGGUGUGGGGGAGUUAAGGAAUAACAACCAGCAGGGUGGCAUGCUGGCUGAUGGCGACGCCAAUGCCAAUGACAUUCGGACAGAAGAUGGUGGGAGAACUGGGGAUACUGGCUGUCUGUCAGGAUUGAUAACUGUAACAGCAGAGCAAGACAAAGUCAUCAUCUGGGGCACAGACUCUCAGUGUGAUGACCCUGAGCUGGCUGAAUUUGAGAUGUUAGAGUGUCAGGAGUUGGAGGCUUAUCUUGUUGAGGAGGAAGAGGACUUUGUUGGGCUUGCAGAGCGGAAGGAGCUUCAAGAACAGCCGUCAUCAUGCAGAAAAUCCACAGCAGAAGAGGCGAUAGAUUAUAAGGGCAGGGAAGAAAGGAAGUCAAUUCUGAACGGUGCCAGUGAGCAAGAAUCCAAUGGCUCUCAUGUCUCUGAGAGCAGAGAAGCUUCCAAGACUGACUUAAGCUCUGAAACUGAUGUCUUUGUAUCCUGUCUGUCCACCAUUUCAAGCAUGGCCACUGCCAUGGACACUGUUGGCAAGAACCAGAUGACAGACUCCUGGCAUAUUGCCUCUGGUCCUCAUUCAACCAUCUCAGAGGACCUAACUUCCCAGAUUUGCACCACUAUCUCUGAGAGAGGCAAGGCCUCUCAAAUAGUUGAUGAUUCUUCUCUUUCUGCUAGAAAAAGCACAAUAACCCAGAAAGAUGUAGAUAUGAAUUUGAAUUCAGCAGUUCAGUCAGAUGAUGCUGUAUCACAGGCACAUGAUGUCAGUGGCAAACCCGGGACAAAUAAUAACCAUAGAAAUAAAGCAAAGGGUAGUGUUUUGGAGGUAAAUUGUACUGAGAACAAGGCUUUAACCUCUCCGACAAAAUGUCAAAAAGAAAGCAACGCUAAAAUAGAUAAAAGCACACAAGCGGAUGAGACCCCUGAUGUGAACUACAGGGCUCUCAGAACAGGUACAAAGGGGACUCAGUCAUGUGUUGAACCUAAAGCCAUAAAGAAACAAAACUCAUUUGAUAACACACUGAAGAAACAAAGCUCUUUUGAUAAGAGUCUGAAAAAGCAGCCUUCAUUUGAGAAUUCUUUAAAGAAGCAGCUCUCUUUUGAUAACACCUUAAAAAAGCAGGGCUCCUUUGAGAACACCACCACUCCCAGCUCUUCAAGUCUGGAAAGGAGGAAGCCAUGGGGAAGCCCCAGUCGACCAGCAACUCCUACAUCCCCUAAAACCACCUCCUCUUCGUCACCUAAGAGACGACCUAGUGGUUCUCCAGCUAAGGUCCAGGGCAUCAGGGCACCGAGCCUGGAGCGCAGUGACUCCUCUCAAAGAGGAAUAAGUCAAACUAUCAAACCACAUGCUAAGAUGAGUUUGAGCAGUGGAAUCCCCAAACCUAUCAUGCCUCAACAGAAGGAGUCCGAACCCAGGAGAUCUUCGCCCCCUCAGAAGCCCAAAAACGUGCGGCCAAAAAUCAUCACGUAUGUUCGAAAGAAUACUCAAGCAAAACCACCACUCACCGAUGCACUAAAUGAAGCCUCCACACACACAUCAAGAUUACCCUCUUACUCCAACCCACCAGCUCUCAAAGAUCCAAAGGUUGCUUCUCAAACUAAAUCCACACCAGUGCUCUGUUCCUCAAACCUGCUAUUUGACAAAUAUCGACAGGAGAUGCAGAAGACAGGAUACUAUCCUCCAGGUGUCGCUGUGACUGGAGUAAAACCUCCAAGCAGCACUAUCCCUCAAAGGAGUGGAAAGUCAGACAACUUCCAGGAGGCAUCAGAGAAAUAUCUUCAAGAGCAGCAUGUUUCCCCUGAAGGAGGUAGUGUCUACCGCUCGCCAAGAACCCUGAGGCCUCAGCUUGGGCUAGGUGCAGUCACCAGGCAGCCCGCAGCCAAGCCAAGAGUUCAGCAGGCAGGUCAAAGGUCAGGUCCCUCACAAUAUCUGGCUGCCAAAGUGGCCACUCCAGGCCAACAAGAUCUGGCAGGAGAGCCCAGGAGGGCAGGUCCAGAAACCACCCCAAAAAGCCUCCUGCUCAAAUCAGGCCAGUCUGGCCUUCGUCCUCCAGGCUUCUCUGCCCUUCCAGCUGCCCGUCUGGCUUCUCUAGGAUUUGUCCGGAGCUCCAGUGUCUCAUCUGUAUCCAGCAACCAGUCUAACGAAAGCACCCACAGUGACCCAGGCCGAGGUUCUCAGUAUCCCAGCAGUGGCAGCGAUGACACACCUCAACAUAAAGCCACAGCACCAACCAGAGAAGCCUCCCCUGCUCAGAGCUGCCCUCACCCUCCUAAUGCCCCCAGCCUCCAGCGGCGCAAUCUGCCACCACGGCACUGCUCCCCACUAGUGACUAGGAGAGAUUUACAGAAGGACGCAGAGGCUGAGCUGUCACCAAAGUCCUCCCCUAAAAGACUUGCAGUGGUUUCUCCCAAGCCACAAUCCCCUGUUCGUGGUCGGACAACAGCAGUUCAUGGAGCCAUUCAGACCGAAAAGGCACAGGAGGUGGAUCGCGCUCAGAUCCAGCAGCUGCGGGAGCGAUGUGAGCGGCAGGCCCUGAAGCUACAGACUCUGCAGGCUCAGUUAAAGAAAGCCUCGCUGUGCCUGGAUGUUUUCAGCAUCACUGCCCAGCACUUCUGUCACAAGAGUGAGAGUGCCAUUGUGAAGGAGAGGGAACUGUCCCUGGAGCUUGCCAGAAUCCGUGAUGAAGUGGCUGUCAGUGUUGCACACUGGGAGCAGUUGCAGCAGGAGAAGGAGGAACUGGAGCGUCGUUUUGAGUCUGAGCUGCAGGGAUUGCGGGCUCAGCAGCAGAAGGAGCUGGGAGCACUGGAGGAGCGGCUGAAAGCACAGCACGUGGAUGAGACGAAUAGUCUGCAGGCCCUGCAGCGAGCUGAGCUGGAAGAGCUACACUUCAAACAGCAGGAGCAGCUUGAGGAGAUGAGUCAGAACCAUGAGGCGUCCUUGAUGGAGAUGGAGACGGCUCACAAUGAUACACUGGCCACUCUGCAAGAGGAGCAUGCCAGGACUGUGAAGAAUUUGAAGAUGGCCCAUGAACAACAGAGGAAGUCUUUGGAAGAAGAGUUUGAAAAGAUCAGACUGUCACUGCAGGAUCAGGUGGACACACUGACAUUUCAGAACCGUAGUCUCAGAGAUCGAGCAAAACGAUUUGAAGAAGCUCUCCGCAAGAGCACAGAUGAGCAGAUCGUGGAUGCUUUGGCUCCCUAUAAACACAUUGAGGAGGACCUGAAGAGCCUCAAAGAAGUUCUGGAGAUGAAAAAUCAACAAAUCCAUCAGCAGGAGCUGAAGAUUUCAGAACUGGAGAAAAUACAGGCUGCAAAGAAUGUGUUCCUGGAGGAGAAACUACAAGUGUUACAACAGCAGAAUGAGGACCUGAAGGAACAAAUAGACAAGAAUCUCGCUGUGUCCAGGCAACUCUCUGAAGAGAAUGCUAAUCUGCAAGUGAACGUGGAGAAGGAGAGCAAUGAGAAGAAGCGCCUUAGUCGCACCAAUGAGGAGCUGCUGUGGCGCCUACAGACCGGAGAGCUGAGUCCUCGCAUGUCCCCCAGCUCCUCCCCUAUCCAUCGGCCACCCUCUGGACCAGGCUCUCCUGCCCGUCCACACUCGUAUCACCAGUGAUGCUCUUCUGGAAGUUCUCGUCACCAAAAGCUUUUAGCUGGAAUCAGAAGGCCUCAUUUGUUUUAAACCUCUUGGGUGAAUGUUUCUCUCAAUCAGAAGAGGGAUGGAUGUUACACUAUAUAAACACAAAUAGGUCUGUUUGUUGGGAAAAUCCACUUGCCUAUGUGAUUUAAAAUUUGAACCCCACUGACCUAACCAAUUGUACUGUUAAUCACACCUGUUACUAAAAGAAGGAAUUCUCUGCCCUCAGAUUUUCCUACUCCACACGAACGCAACACACAGCAGAUGCACUCAAAAACUCCCACAGAUUGUAGAUUGAUUGGAGAGCAGAAUGAAAAUCACGGUGCCUCAUUUCCAUGUUUUCGCCUACAUCUCCAUCUUCUCAUCCAGCGCUCAGGAUGAUGGAUGUACAAGACAUAAUGAUAAUCAAAAGUGCAACAACAAACACAAAAAGCGCCUUUUGCCAUCCAUUCUCUCCCACCAGCAGCAUCCACCAGGACAAGGAAAAUUCUUUUUGUGAGUAAAAUCACAAAACUACCUACAGUAUUACUCUCAAUGUUCAGAUUCUUCUCUGGGGCUUAUUAUCCUUUUCAUCCUGAAAUAUUGUAGGAGUUUACGAGUGAAUAUCAAGCCGUUUAACCUCAAUCAUCCAUGCUACUUUAACUUGCAUAUUAGCAUUGACCUGAAAUGUGUGGCUACAACAACAACCCAACUUGUAUCUUCUGAACUGCCAACACAGUCAACAGUUUUCCUGACCAUACUUUGUAAAAUCUGUACAUGUAUUGCUCUCUUUAAAGCAUGAUCUGUCUUCCAGUUAUAAUUAACUAUAUUUUAGGAUUGCCUACAGUGUGAUGAAGUGGCACGGAAGGGCAGUGGAGCAUCGCGAUUUAAAAGGAAUUUCUUAUUAACUUGAACAGGAUUCAUUAAAGGUAAAACAUUGCAUUAUACAUUUCACACUAGGUGAGUUGAUGCCCUUCACACCCUUCAGAUGAAUUAAUAUAAUAGACUGCUCAAAAGGUUAACACUUGAUCAUCGCAGUAUGAAGCAAAGUCAGUUAAACUUCAGGAAUAGUAGUCUGUCCGGUUAGGAAGCAAAAAAAUUAUUACUAAUCAAUUUAAUCUGCCUUUGUGCAAAUGAAACAAGAAAAUCUCCAAGAAGGUAAAGGUUUAACACGUGUUCACAUACAUCUUUGCUUAUUCCUGAUCCUUUCAGAAUGAUUUUUUUACUCCAAGAGUGUGGAGAAGACCCCAGGGGUGAUGGGCUGUUAUAUGAGCAGACCUGGACAAGCCGUAGAUCUGCUCCUUUGUGCCUUUGUGCAGAUUACUAGCAAAGCCCUAGAAAAUGACCUCCAGUAUGCCAUUGGUAACGUUGCUGCCUGUAACAUCAUCCAGCAUGACUGGGUUGGCAGUAGGUCAGUGAUGGUCUGGGGAGGCAGAAUUGCACAGGUCCUGCAAAAAGACAUAUCGAGACUGUCUUGUGACAGUAUGUUCAAAAACAUGAACAUGAGUAAACUGCCGGAGGUCAUUUUGAGGGGUUCUGGCUCCACCUGUUCUUCCUUGCACUGAGGAGCAGAUACUGGUUUUGCAGCUAGGUUGAUGCCCGUGCUUUAGCCCCUGUUCUCUCUUAAUAUGACCCCUCUUUUCCCAUCUUCUGGUGCCAUCCUGGAGGAGCUGGGCUACUUGUGCAGGUACAGUCUCAUGCUACCAGUAGUGACAGUGACACAAGCAAAGAGCAAAACUGCAGAAAAAUAAGAAAGGAUAAGAGAAGACAGCAGUGUAUGGUCACCACAUGCAGCAUCAUUCAGUGUUUGGUGGAUCUUCUUGAUGCUUCUCCAGUGCUGCUGGUUUUGCUUCCUUACUGGACAGUCUAAUUCCUGACGUCUAGCCCAGUUUGUGUUAUGCUGUGAUGAUCAAGUGUUCACUUUUUUUGUUGUUGAGCAGUUUAUAAACAUGUCCUACAAAGUGAACAUGCAGACUACAUAGAAACCACCAAAGAGGAAAUCAUUGAAUACAGCAGUUCAUUAAGUACUGUAGCUGUCAUAUGGUUGGACUUAAUUGCUGCCGAAUCAGCCAUAAAUGGUGCAGACGUUGCAAAACAUUUAUCUGUUUUGUUGCAUUUUAAGAUUAUACUGUCAGGGCUCUGGCAGCUAGCUGAAACUAUUGCUGUUUUCUCUGUUGAUGUUUAUUAUUAUUUUGAUUGUUUGUGUGUGUUUUCACCACAGAAAUCUUUAUAGAGAAAGAAUUAACCGCAAUUGACAAAAACCCCCAAACUGAUUACAUUUCCAUCAAAAUAAGCACGAGAGUCUGAUUGCAAUGUUACCUCAUUUCUCAUUGUAGAGAAUAAUCUCAGGUCUUGAGGAGAAUUAAGAGUCAUCAAAAGGAAGCAACUGCCUUUUUUUGUAUUGUAUUUUUUUCAUGUUUACAUAUAACCACCUGUCUCAAAUGUCUGUUUUGCCAGAUAACAUUUCUCGAAAUUUUAUUUGGAUGUAAGCGUUCUGUAAAAAACUAUUUUAAAGAGCCUAACACAGUCAGGAAACGCAUAAUAAUUAAGUGAAAUGGGAUUUUAUGACAUUAAUACAUUGUAAUAAAGCAGGCUUUCUUUUAUCCAUUCCCUCAGACAUAAAGUAUGGAAAUCUGCUGAAAUAGGGAUUUGGUUCUAGGUGAGUUAAAUUUACUGUUAAUACAAGUUGAUUAUGUUUAGCUUCAUCGCUGGUGGGUGUUUUGAAAGGAAGUGGAAAUGAUGGCUCUCUCCAUCAGGUACUCUGAUUGCACUGAAUGCCUGUGUCCUGUGGACAUGACCUUGUACUCAUUUACCGAAUGUUUGUCCGACACUAGAAUAAGAGGUUUUGUUUACAGUUCAUGUCCAAUGUCAGAAAAGGUUGCUGCAUCGCCUUGCUUCUGUUGUUUACAUGAUUUUUGUUCCUAUUCAGUAUUUCAGAAACUCAUGCGCUGGAUACGGUUGUCUGAAAGCAUGCCUUUAUAAGGUUUACGUGCAUUUUUUUUGACUUUACACUUCCUGUGCAUUUAUUUAUUGUCAUCCCUCAAAACUGUAACUGUAGCUUAGCUGGUUAACAUAUUGUGGUGAAUGAUGAGAAGUAAUGUCUAUACUGUAUAUGUUGCACUUUGUAUUUAAGUAUUAAAUCACAGCAAGUAUACACAAGAAGGGAGAGCCUCUUUUUAAGGUUAAUAAGUAAUAAUGCAGAGCAGAUUGCAGCAAUAACCACAUUAGGCCUGCAUUAAAAAAAAAAAAAAAGCUCUCACUGGAGCUUUCUAAAUGUAAACAUGGUGAUAUUGCAAAAAAACAAAACAAAUCUGCGACAAUCUGACUUGAUUUGAAUUAUAUGCAACUUGGUUGACAUGAGAUUCAUGCCUUCCAAUGCAUGAAAUGUUGUAUUAUAUCUAUUGGCAGAGGGAAGAUGAUGGUGGAGUUCUUCUCUGCUGCGAUGGUGUUGAGAGUCUGAAGGUAUCUUAGCUGGAGAGCUGAGGGUGAGUCAGCCAUUACCAGAGAGGCUUCUUUCAGAGCCCUGGAAGCAUUCAUCUCCCCCUCUGCAGCAAUGAUCUGAAAUAUAGGCAGACGAUCAGUAUCUUCUGAUGUUUCAUUUCUGGGCCUGAAUACAUGAAAAGGAAAUUGAAUUCAGUCUUCCAUUCCUCUCAUUACCUUGGCCCUGGCCUCCCGGCUGGCUUCAGCCUCUGCUGCCAUGGCUCGCUGCAGCUGAUGAGGCAACUUCACAUCUUUGAUCUCUACACGCUCCACUUUGAUACCCCAUGGAUGAGUGGCUUCAUCCAGGGCUUCCUGCAGGGUAACAUCCAAUAUCAAACACUCUAGUCACAGUUAUAGUUUAAUAAACAACAAAUCAAAUACUUUAUACUCUACAGUGAGAAAACCAGUGGCUUCUACUUGUUCUAGCAUUCUCCUUGUGGCCAAAAAAAAAAGUGUUCUUUGAAUGGCGGGUGGGAAUGAAGGAGCUCUAAAAGUAUCUGUAAUAAGGCUUUUCUUACCUUUUUUAAAGGGUAUGCUUAUAUAUAAACGUAAAUGAAAAUUUUUGUAAUAAGUGUAACAGCACUUUAUCCUCACUUGCAUACUGAGUGAAAUGCCCUCUCUGUCAGAUAGAAGUUCUGCAAGGUUUUUGGUACCAAGGACAUUCCUGAGAGUGGUUUGAGCAAGCAGUCGAGUAGAUGAGUGCGCAUUGGUCACAUUGGCCACUGCUGAAAUGGGGCAGUAUACGCGGAAGUAAACCACACCGUCCACAGACACUGUCACAGAGUCUUUCGUUAGGAUCUGCAAAUGUUUACAAAAAUUGCAGUUUGUUUAUCUACAGACAGCUUGUGAUGCAUGAGAUAACAGAGACAGAGUGCUUUCAUAAUGAAACAAAGCAAGAAUAUACCUCUUGAGGAGGGAUAUCAAAGGACACAGUUCUCAGAUCUACUUUCACAAAGUUAUCGGUGCAGGGUAAUAUUAGGAAAAGUCCUGGAAAAAGAUAAAAGCCAGUUCAGAUGAUAAUGUGGAGUCAACUUCCAAAGCCAACAGUUUUAUUUUUCCUUUUGGUUUCUGGGAUGGCUUAACCAAAGUGUUUGUUGUAUAUUUAACCACAAACCUGGCCCUUUAGCUUUUCUGUCUGUGAUCCGGCCGAGUCUAAAGAUGACAGCUCGCUCAUACUCCUUCACUAUCUGAAUGUUGGAGACAACCAAUCGCACAACAGUAAAUAAGAAAUACAGAAAUAUAAAUGGAGUAUUUUUGUAUACACAUCUAUGUGAAGAAAUAGUGAUUAAAUCCUAAUAAGCAGUGCUCCGCAAUGAGAAUAUACUGUACCUUGACACACAUAAAUAUUGUGAGUGGAAAGGUUACUAUUACAAAGAUGAUGGAUAUGAAAACCAACAGCCAACCACAGCAUCCCAGUUUACCUGAGUUUUUAUCUGCAAAAAGAGCAGAAACACUUUACAAGUUUUUAAAGUGCAGGGUAUGUACAAUAUCUUGCUUCUUUUUUUU